GAAUUCACGAAACCGGCCGUCAUCCAGCAGGCCUCCUACCUGCUUAUUGCAGCAGGACUCUUCAUGUUCAUCCUCAGCUUUCUGGGAUACUGCGGUGCCUUGAGGGAAUCCAGAUGUUUGCUCAAAACGUAUGGAAUAUGCAUGGUGCUUAUUGUCGUUUUGCAAAUAACCGCCGGAGGGUUGGCCGUCGCCUACAAAGAAAAGGCCGAGAUGGGCACGAAGUCACUGCUCAAGGAUAUGCUCACGAAGAACUACGAGUCCGGCAACAAGACUAACGUCGUGACGGUGGUCUGGAACCACCUUCAAGCCGAGAUGCACUGCUGCGGCGUAGACAACUACAAGGACUUCGACGUCACCCCGUGGAAGAAGGACAGCGGCAAGGAAAUCCCGGAGUCCUGCUGCGUCCUGCAGGACAAGGCCACCCUCAAGCCACUCUCACCCGGAUGCACGAAGAACCCGAGCAUCUCCAACUCCUACUUCGAAACCGGUUGCUACAAGGCUGGAUCUGAACUGGUCAUGCUGCACAUCAAGAUCGUGAUAUACGCCGGAAUCGGUCUGGGCAUCAUCGAACUUCUCUGCAUAAUAUUACCGUUCUGCUUAAGCAAAUCCAUCAAUCAGUAUAUGAAAUAUUAAAAUAGGAAGAACGUAUCGAUGAUAUUUGUGUAAAUAAACUACCGCCCUCCCUCAAGCGCGCGCUCUCUUUCCUCUCUUUCUUUCUCACAUCUAUUAUGAUUCUGUUUUAAGACGAAUGACUUUUAAGGAAUAAUCCAAAAACAUAAAGGAUAAAUACUAAAUAUAUAAAUACUAUAUAUAUACA